AUGGCAGUAGAAGGGAGAGAGAUAUCAGCAAAUGGUGCUGGAACAGACCCAGUUCUUUCGCCUGCGGAUCCUGGAUCGCGGCCUACUAUCUUGGUAGCACUUCCAGCAUCUUCAUCGACAGUGGAUGCAUCGAGUUCCGUUAUAGAUCUCAAAGAGAAGGCUGAUGAAGGAGAAGGAGACGCUGACAAGGAAGAGAACGAGCAUGAGAACGACAGAAAUAAUGAAGGUAACAGAGAGACAGAGGUAAAAGGGCCUGCUUCUCUGCUACCGUCACCACCUCCUAUUCCGCACUCGUGGACGUGGAGAUGCCACAAGUGCCACAAGUAUUACGCGCUCGCAGUGACAAAUCGAUGCCUUGGAGACGGUCACUAUUACUGCUACGGCAUUGCCCAGGGAAAUAGGAACCAGGAGAGAAGGAGGAUGCAGACUGAUGGAGUAAAGAAGUUGGGAACUCCAUGCAACUCGUCGUUUGAUUAUGCUGGGUGGGAGAAUAUGAACGAAUGGCAGAGGGAUAUCCGAGAGAGAAAGGAUAUCAAGCCCUCGCCAGGCUGCUGGGAGGACUGUACGUUCCCCAGCGAGUGCCGUCACAGGAGGCUCUAUGGCGCAUUCAGUCCCUCAAAGUCCGGGUCGAGUGACGAGGACUCUGUAUCUGAAAAAAGGGGUCCUGAACCAGCUCAUGUACGUGAAAAGCCUGCCCCUGGUAUGGAGGUCCGCCUGUCCAUCAGAUCUUCAGUCAAAUGGUCCUUUCUUCCUUAA